AUGGAGAUCACGAGCUUCAUUAUCCAGGGCCGGGAUAAGGCACUCCUCGACGGCGACUACUCGACAUACCAGUCCCAGCUUGCCCGGCGACUUCUCAAAUCACGACAGAAGCUGGGUAUUGCGACAAGGAACCGCGGGAAGUUCUCCAACAAGGCCAAAAUCACCUCUGAGGAGAUUGCGCAAAAUAAUGGAUACAUCUACCUUGCCCUACUUACCAGUGAGCAUGCCUGGGCUCAAGCUAUGAGCAUGAAGGCUUCCCAUACAAACGACCAGAAGGGCCUUGUGCGAAGCACACGAAAGCAUAUCGUAUCUAGACUCCGCAAGGCGGCGCAAAAUGCGGACCAGCUCGUCGAGGCACUUUCCGAAACAGGUUCGGCUAGCGAUCUUCUCGAGGUCAAGGGAUAUGCUGCUAUGAUGCAUGGCACAAUCAAUUUUGAGAAGAAGGCAUGGGAGCCUUGUCUAGAGAGCUUCUCUACCGUCCGGGUCAUUUACAGCGCCUUGGGCGCAAAGGCUCAGGAUGACAUCUACAAAGACUUAAUCUCGGAAAUCAUCGACCCCUCAAUUCGGUUUGCUGCCUAUCGCCUAAACAUUCCACGAACAGUCGCAAUUUCGGCAAUUUCGAAAAAGAAGUUUCCUACAUCAGACGAAGCUCUGGUAGCUGACAUCAAGAAAAUCAACCCCAAGGCACUCGAGGAUGAUGUGGAGACCGAAAAGGGGGUUCCCGAGGUUGGCGGUGCUCCUAGAACGCUCACGUGGCGAUCACGCGAGGUGACAAUCGAAGACUCUCAGAUUUCCACAGCGUGGGGUGCAGUUCAAAGUGCCAAAUUAGUCUUGGCGGAGACAUAUGAGGAGCUGGAUCAGAGCAACCCCGGCGAAGUGGCCGCAGCUUACGACAAAAUCCUUACGGCGACACAAGAUGCAGUAGAUGCGACAAAGACAGCCAUUGAUGAGUUGCGGGGAGAGGGUGUAAGUCAGGGCGAUCCCCGAAUGCAGAGCCUCCAGAUUACCCGCACUGCCGUCAAUUACGAAAUGAUUAGUUGGAGAAUUGGGCGAAACAGAGUGCUGACCGGACCUCACGACGGCGCAACGGAAGAGUACAACCUUUCCAAGCACCGACGGAGAACACAACUCAAGGACCAAUCCGCGGCUGACGGAUCGAGGGAAUUGCCGUCAAGCGGGAAGCUUGCCAAGCUCAAGGAAAAGGCGGCCCUCUACGAUGGAACUCUACAAAACCUGCAGACCAUCAGGGAACUCCCUGGUGUUGCCGCUGACGUUGGUCUUGCUACUAAGCUGGAUGUCUCGGUCAAGUACUUCCAAGCCCUCACUUCACUCGCAGUAGCUCGCUCUCACGCCAUUAUCGGCAACGUGUCCAAUGCACUAGCUCUUAUCCAGCACGCGCUCAACCUGAGCCAGGAUGCAGCCGGGGAAGGCACCGGGUCGGCAGAUUCUGACGAUUCCGCACCUCUUCACGUUGACCUCUCAAACGACGAUAUCGCGUUCCUCAUAAAACUCCUCACCGGCGAACUCCAACGCCAUCGUGCCAUUGUCCACAUUGAGAAUCUCCGAAAGGAGAACUCGAAGGAUUCGCCCACCCCUCUUAUAGAGCGCCUCCACGAAUAUCCCAGCGGCGGUAUCAAUUUGGCAAGCAUUGUCGAAUUCCCACCCAAGAAAGCGGCAAUCCCCGUCAAGCCCAUCUUCCUGGACGUUGCAUGGAACUACAUCGAAUAUCCGGGCAAGACGACCCAAGCAGCUGCCGCCACUCCUGCUCAGGCUGCUCCCGCUCCUAACAAGCCGGCGGAGCCACAGCCUGCUAAGAAGGGAUGGUUUGGAUUCGGCCGGUCGUAA